CGUGCCGACACUUCCGGUCCGUUCUGAUUCCGGUCCGACCUUUUUCUCCUUCCGCCCCGGUGCCUUUUCAUCUAAGUGGUGCACGUGUGGUGUUAAUUCAGUUUCUGCCUGUAAAUUUCCAAUCCAAUCCUGGACCAAAUGACUUCAUCUUUCGAACAGAUGAGGGCGAACGUGGGGAAACUCCUUCGAGGGAUCGAUAGGUACAACCCAGAAAACCUUGUAACAUUGGAGCGCUACGUGGAGACCCAAGCCAGAGAAAAUGCCUACGACCUGGAGGCAAACCUGGCCGUGCUGAAACUGUACCAGUUCAACCCAGCCUACUUCCAGACCCACGUGACCUCACAGAUUCUGCUGAAGGCUUUGACCAACCUGCCACACACCGACUUCACUCUCUGCAAGUGCAUGAUCGACCAGACACACCAAGAGGAGCGGCCCAUCAGACAGAUCCUGUACCUGGGGAACCUGCUGGAAACCUGCCACUUCCAGAGCUUCUGGACGAGUCUGGAGGAGAACAGAGAGCUCAUCGACGGCAUAACUGGUUUCGAGGACUCGGUGCGCAAAUUCAUCUGCCACGUGGUGGGCAUCACCUACCAGACCAUCGAGCACCGCCUGCUGGCCGAGAUGCUGGGAGACCCGCUGGACACGCAGGUGAAGGUUUGGAUGAACAAAUACAGCUGGACGGAGAACGAGGACGGACAGAUCUUCAUCUUCAACCAGGAGGAGAGCAUCAAGCCCAAGAACAUCGUGGAGAAGAUCGACUUUGAGAGCGUUUCCAGCAUCAUGGCCACGUCACAAUGAUCCCUCUUUUGAAUAAAAGUAAAUUAUCAGUUCUGCCUCCGAGUGUUUUUCACAGGUGUUAUAAAAAAUAUCUUGCAGAGUCUGUUUAGAGGGCGGUUCUGUCCACGAGUGGCACAGUUUGCUCUGCUGGCCACCUCCAAACAGCCAGUCCAGCAUCCAGGGACCAAUAAAAAAACAAACUACACUGUGAUUUGAAUUCUGUAAAUGAGCAAUAAGCAGAAAAUGUCUUCCUGUUUUGCUUCCUAUGCAGGUCAGUGUCUCUAUUCUUCAGUAUAAACAGUUUCUAUAAUAAAAAAAAAUGUAAUUCUGGCCAUUUUUAGACUUUUGAAGCAUCUUUUUAUAGCUGUUUUUGUUUGUUUUGUUUGUUUUUUGGCUG